UCUCUCCCAAUCUCUGGAAAAUCUUUUUUCCCUUCCUCUCCCCCCUUUAAAAUUCGCUCUUUUAAAGGAAACUCUUCCACGCCGCCUUACCAGCGUAUCACUUUUCGCACUCUCUUUGCGUUUCUCCUCCUCCUCUCCUCUCCUCUGUGCACAUCGCGAGAAACCCUUUUCGUCUUCUUCGAGGAUUCUCUCGCGAAUCCGAGGAAAAAGAAUGCGUCUUUUCGUAAUGUUGGAACCACCACCACCUUCUCCUGUUUAAAAACCGCUCUCUUCAUGGACGCACUCGCUUGUUUGUGAAUCUCUCUGUUUGCUGCAAAGGAAUUUUUCACACUUUGUGAAGCUGCAAAUGGAGGAAGGCAAACGUGAAAUAGAGUUUGAUGAGUUCGAGAAGCUUCUCGGUGAGAUUCCUAACGCCACCUCUGGGGAUUCGCACAUCGGGGAAUCUAGACUGAAAAUGGCAUGUUUGGAUGAUAGCUCGUUGCCUAUACUUGUCAAUUCCUGCAGAGGGCCUUCAAGUGAGAAAUAUUCAACUAAUGGGGGUCUGCACGUGUCGAUGAAUGAAGUUCAGCGGCCACUUGUCGAAACUGCUCAAAUGGAGGGAAGGAAGCUGCCAGAUGACCAAUCCUUCAUAUCUGCUUUUGCAGAAUUGAACUUUUCCAAUGGACUGACAUCGGAAGCUGUUAAUCAUCCUUUGGCUAAUAGUAUAACCAUGCCAAAUGAUGCCAUUUGCUCAGGAAGCCAGUACCCUAUCAGCUUAAGGUUUCAUGAUCUGGCCGGAGAGUCCUUAUGUAACAAUGUAUGGCAAUCAGAAGACGGUGGCUUUUAUGGUUCUAACAAGUAUCGUAGCACAGAGUUUGGCAAACAGAAUGCGAAUUUAGUUGAAGUUAAUGGCGAAGUUCACAGCGGGCGACAAAUUGGUACUUGCCAGCCAAUUGAAAAUUAUGCUGCUGCAGUGCCAAUCAGCGGAGGGGUUUCUCUCCUACCGAAUGUACCUAUCCCAACCCAAGAGUUUCCCAUGAUUCCUAAUAAGCCGCACUAUUUCACGAAUCAGCAAUCUCAAUUCUCUUCCUUCUAUUCACCACGACAAAUCCACGAGUCUCAAUUUCCUUGCAGAAAUGUAGAGGAGGAACACUUCCACAGUAUGCAUCAGCAACAGCUGUAUCUACAGCACUUGUAUAGCCAUCAGUUUGAUUCUCAGCAUGCUGUGCAAGAUGAUGCCUAUUUCACCACUAGGGCAGUGAAUCAAAAUGCCUGUCAAUCACAUUAUGAGAUGCCAAUGGCUCACUUACUUGAACAAUCUAAGCAGGGACCAUAUUUACGCUCAUGUGGAAAUUCGCAGUGUAAGCAACCACAUGUCGAGUUUUCUUCUGGAGAUGUCCAUUCUGUGCAAAACUUUGGAAGAAUCUCCCAACAGGUUGUGCCAGAAAAGAUUCUAACAAGAUCAUGUGGCCUAAAUGCAUUAAGAGCUUUGAAAUUUGGCUCUGUCCGAGGAAAUGAAUUACUCAGCCACAUCAGCCGGAGUGGAAGAGUUAAUUUGAAUGGUCAGCACUUGCACAACCUGUGCAAUCCUAGUACUGGAUGCUUUCGAUCGGAGAGUUUAAGCCAAUGGGGUUCCUUGCCUGAUACAGCCAGUCUUAGAAGUGCUGAUCUGAGGUUGCAGAGGUGUAACAGUCUGGAUGAAGUCAGCGGAAGAAUAUAUCUUAUGGCCAAGGACCAAAAUGGUUGCCGCUUUCUCCAAAAGAAGUUCUCGGAGGGAACAAGAAAGGAUGUUGAGCAGAUAUUUUCUGAGGUUAUUGACCAUAUAGUUGAGCUGAUGACAGAUCCUUUUGGCAAUUACCUAGUCCAGAAGCUGCUGGAAGUGUGUGAUGAGGAUCAGAGAAUGCAAAUACUCCAUGUUAUCACUAGGAGACCGGGUGAUCUGAUUCACAUUUCAUGUGAUAUGCAUGGGACCCGAGUUGUUCAAAAGGUUCUUGAGACCCUUAAAACUGCAGAGGAGUUCUCUGUUGUGGUUUCUGCCCUAAAUCCUGGUAUAGUUACUUUAAUGAAAAACACGAAUGGUAAUCAUGUCGCCCAGCACUGCCUACGCUACUUACCACUGGAGUACAAAGAGUUCCUCUUUGAAGCUGCUGCUGCUAAUUGUCUCGAGCUGGCUACAGACCGCCAUGGCUGUUGUGUGCUUCAGAAGUGCCUCAGUCAUUCUGGUGGUGAGCAGAAAUGCCAUCUGAUCUGUGGGAUCACAUCCAAUGCUCUAAUUCUUUCACAGGAUCAAUUUGGGAACUAUGUAGUGCAAUUUGUUUUUGAGCUUCAUGUGCCCCAUGCAACAAGAGAUAUACUUGACCAAUUGGAUGGCAAUUACGGAGACUUGUCCAUGCAGAAAUAUAGCAGCAACGUUGUGGAGAAAUGUCUGAAAUUUGCUGGUGAAGAACAUCGCACUCGCAUUAUCCAAGAGUUGAUAGAUGAUCCUCGGUUAGCUCAGAUCAUGCAAGACCCUUUUGGCAACUUUGUCAUCCAAGCUGCACUGGAAAAAUCAAAGGGAGCUCUUAAAGCUGCAUUUGUGGAUGCUGUAAAGCCCCACGUUCCUGUGCUUCGGACAAACCCAUAUGGCAAGAAAGUCCUCUCAUGUCCCUCCUUGAAGAACUAUCGAUGGUAUGAUUGACUGAGAUAUCCGCAAGCUCUGGAAAGAGCGCAGAAGGAGAGCUUGCAAUCAACUUGGCACGUCUCAUUUCAAGAUUUUGUAACCUUCGAGUAGGACUUCGAGAAAGAUAUGUUCCAAGAAUUGUAAAGCAACAGCUGGAAGUUUUUGUUGUUCCUUAGUCCAUACACAUCAUUUUUAAGUUUCGUCGGACUCCUGUGAAGCUGAGCUUCUAGCACGGUUCCAGCGUAGAUCAGCAGUUUUGCACAGAAAAAUAAGGAAUUGUAAAGGUGUAGAGUACCUUCAAAGUUAUGCAGGGCGGAGCUCUGUUCUUUUGAUCUAGUGGCUUUCGUGCCCUAGACCUAUGUUGAUCUCUGUACAUGCUAUGUUCGUAUAAUUCUGUUAUAGAUCUUUGUUCAUUUAAUAGCAAAUGCAUUGGUGGAUGGAUAUA